AUGCCGCCGCUGUCCCACCUAUAUCAGCGUCAUUUCUCUGACAAUAAUCUCACUCUCUGUGCCACAGUCAACGCAUCUGAUGGGGAGACAGUUCCACUGAAGGCAUGUCCAGGUACUGUGCCUCUUUUCUGUUGGUUUGGAGCUGACAAGGUCUUAUUAUUGACUGUAGGACAUAUUUGCUGUUUUUGUGUGGCAAGAUGAUGAGAACAGAUUUAUGUCAGGUUUGUCUGAAUGUAUUUGAUCAGAUUUCAGGCUGUAUUUAAUGGUCCUUUAACUUCAAGAGAAAAACACUUUAUAGAUCGUCACCCUAUUAAAAUAAUGGCAUAAGUCAUUUUUUGAAGAAAAUGAGUUUUUGGCCCAAAUCAUCUCUUGAUAAUGCUGGCCAUCUCUGGUCAAAUCGCCUAAAUCUUUAGUUGAAAGGAUCAUGCCAUGAUCCUUUUUUUACCAGAGAUGGCCAGCAUUAUCAAGAGGUGAUUUAGGCAAAAAACUCAUUUUUGUCAAAAAUGACUUGGGCCAUUAUUUAAAUAGGGUGACGAGAUUCAAGUUUUGUAUGUGUAAGCGGGCCUACUUUGCCAAAACUGACACGAAUGCUCCAUGCUUAUGUUGUGAAAAACUUGACAGCUUGGGUAAAAUCGCAUUAAGUUUCACACGAAAGUCAAGUUGUGUUACAUCUUACAUGUCGGUGUAAAUCUAUAAUUUAAACAAGUGUUGAAACAUGUGGAGUUGCACCAGAUGUUGGGCACAAUUGUUGUAAAGCUAGAUAUAAAAGCAUAAAAGAGUCGAUAUCAGUAGUGAUCGACUGGUUUAUUGGGCUGAUCAAUGGCAUUUUGAUGGAAUCAGCAUUGUAUCUGCAUCUGUCCUUGCAAGGCCGAUAUCCUCAUUAUUUUUCAGAAUUAAAAACACAUUUAAAAGCCUGUUAUGUCUAAAACUGUGACUGUCUUGUUUCUUAUAUAAAUCCUGUUUUAGUGUUUAGAACAAUGCAGAUAACGAUAUGAAUAUAAGCCUUGUGCGUUUUCUUCUUUCUUACUGAUUUCAGAUCAGUAAGACUUCUCUUGUGACGAUAUUUAAAAGGGCUGUUUUGUAUAGUUUGAUUCAUUGUAAUUAUGAAAGUACUGCUCAUCAUUAUGAAGUAGACUAACCUGUUGUCUCUGUUUUAUUCUGCUUUUCUUCAGCCGGGAGAAAAGAUGGUUUCUGUUACACGGAGGAGCAGUUGUUUGCUGCUGCUUCUCACGAUAAAUCUUUCUGUCUACCCCCCUCUGCUUAUCUUCAUCCUGAUCAGACCUGCUGUUUCUAUAUCUGUCCAAACAUCACCAAAAGUCGAGACCACUACAGUUAAUAACACCAACUCAUCAAUUUUUUCCAACAUUGGUGCAACUCCCACAAUCCUAAUAUCAUCUACCUCCACCAGCAGCUCAAUAUCUUCUCAUGAAUCAACACUAGCUUCUUCUACAAUGUCUGACAUGGAUCAAACGUCCCCCAGAGACCUUUUCAUAUCUUCACCAUUGACACCUUCAAAAACCUUCAAAAGCUCUGAGAGUGGUAAUCCAGUCCGAUCCCUCCAAAAAUGUCACCUUUCCAAAAGGACUCUGUAUCCCACAUCUUUUAAAAAAUGCCAACCUCACACUACCAAAGUCUUUCCCUCUUCUAACUCAACUUUUUUUCCUAAAAGCUUACCAUCGUACCCUUCAACUCAAAAUGCUUCAAAUGAGCUCCCCUCUCUUCAGUCAACUCUGUCCUCUCCCAACGCAAUCUUGCCUUUGACCCCCAAAACAUGGCCGCUCUUUAUAGCCAAACCUUCCCCCAUCCCUAUCCCGAACUUGACAUCGCCCCCAGAGACAGCAGCCUUGUACCAGCCUGGGUCGCUUCCACCUCCUCCAUCUCUACCUGACACCACGAGUCCGCUGUUUGAGCACCAGCCUUUCUUUGUGACUUGGAACAUCCCUGAUCGAGUUUGUAAGAGAAACAACAUCUCAUUGGACACAUCGCCUUUUCAUGGAGUGUCCACGCCUGCUAAGGCAAGUGUAGAAAACAUCUGAACAUCUCUGGGUCUCAGUCUCCACGCCAUCACAAGAACUAUUGAUCUUCCUGAAAAUGUUGUUUUGUACUUUUUUUUUUUUUUUUUCCAAGAAAUUUAACAGCUGUUUCACUUUUUAAUCUCUACUGCAGGUCCCCGGUCAGUUCCUGUCUCUGUUCUACGCAGACCGACUGGGUCUUUACCCACAUGUAGAUCUCAAGAGCAGAAAACUGUACAAUGGUGGCAUCCCGCAAAGAGGUGAUCUGAAAGCCAGUAUGCUGAAGGCCAAAGCAGAUAUUAACUACUACAUCCCAUUCAAGUAAGAUUACCACAUUCAAAACCCCACUUCUUGAUUUCCUCACUCAUUUGAUACUGAUCUCGAAGUUGCUCUUCAUCCUCUAGGACAAGUCUUGGCUUGUCAGUGAUAGACUGGGAGGAAUGGCGCCCUCUAUGGGAAAGAAACUGGGGCACUAAAAAAAUUUAUCAGACUCUGUCUGUGGCUCAUGUAAAGCAACAAAACGAGUCCCUCACUGAGGAGCAGGCCACAAAGAUCGCCAAACAACAAUUCCAGGUCAGAGAUGACAUUGUAUGAAUUCUUUCUGAAAAGCUGAUUGGUGUUUAACUUUACUUUUUCCUUCUUUUUUGUAGUUGGCAGCAAAGAGUUUCAUGUCAGGGAUGUUGGCACUGGGCCGAUCAAUAAGACCCAACUAUCUCUGGGGCUUCUAUCUGUUUCCAAACUGCUAUAAUCACGGCUGGGAGCAUCCAGACUACACAGGCCAGUGCUCUGAGGAGGUGAAGAGGCAGAAUGAUGAGCUGUUCUGGCUGUGGGAGUCCAGCACUGCCCUCUAUCCCUCAGCCUACCUGCAGGUCAGGGUCAUUUCAAAUUCAGAACCCACUGGCUUUAAUCUGCUGACAGUGUAUUUAUGUCUCUGAGGACAAUGAACACCUCAUCUAUAGCCAGUGGCUAGUCGUGGACGACACCACUACUGGCCACUCUGAUCAGCAAGUAGAGAAGUGACCAUGUACCCAGUGUGUGUGAAUUAACCUCUCUAUACAUGUCUACAUAAUACACUGUAUUGUUUCUCGGUUAAUGUCAUUGCCUAGUUAUUUGUUUCUGUCACUGUCUCAGAUUCUUCGUGGCAUAGAUUCAACAAGGUGCUGGAAGCAUUCCUCAGAGAGCUUGGUCCAUAUUGACAUGAUGGCAUCACACAGUUGCCGCAGAUUUGUCGGCUGCACAUCCAUGAUGCAAAUCUCCCGUUCCACCACAUCCCAAAGAUGCUCUAUUGGAUUGAGAUCUGGUGACUGUGGAGGCCAUUUGAGUACAGUGAACUCAUUGUCAUGUUCAAGUAACCAGUCUGAGAUGAUUCCAGCUUUAUGACAUGGCGCAUUAUCCUGCUGAAAGUAGCCAUCAGAAGUUGGGUACAUUGUGGUCAUAAAGGGAUGGACAUGGUCAGCAACAAUACUCAGGUAGGCUGCGGCGUUGCAACGAUGCUCAAUUGGUACCAAGGGGCCCAAAGAGUGCCAAGAAAAUAUUCCCCACACCAUGACACCACCACCACCAGCCUGAACCGUUGAUACAAGGCAGGAUGGAUCCAUGCUUUCAUGUUGUUGACGCCAAAUUCUGACCCUACCAUCCGAAUGUCGCAGCAGAAAUCGAGACUCAUCAGACCAGGCAACGUUUUUCCAAUCUUCUAUUGUCCAAUUUCGAUGAGCUUGUGCAAAUUGUAGCCUCAGUUUCCUGUUCUUAGCUGAAAGGAGUGGCACCCGGCGUGGUCUUCUGCUACUGUAGCCCAUCUGCCUCAAAGUUGGACGUACUGUGCGUUCAGAGAUGCUCUUCUGCCUACCUUGGUUGUAACGGGUGGUUAUUUGAGUCACUGUUGCCUUUCUAUCAGCUCGAACCAGUCUGGCCAUUGUCCUCUGACCUCUGGCAUCAACAAGGCAUUUCCGCCCACAGAACUGCCGCUCACUGGAUAUUUUUUCUUUUUCGGACCAUUCUCUGUAAACCCUAGAGAUGGUUGUGCGUGAAAAUCCCAGUAGAUCAGCAGUUUCUGAAAUACUCAGACCAGCCCUUCUGGCACCAACAACCAUGCCACGUUCAAAGUCACUCAAAUCACCUUUCUUCCCCAUACUGAUGCUCGGUUUGAACUGCAGGAGAUUGUCUUGACCAUGUCUACAUGCCUAAAUGCACUAAGUUGCCGCCAUGUGAUUGGCUGAUUAGAAAUUAAGUGUUAACGAGCAGUUGGACAGGUAUACCUAAUAAAGUGGCCGGUGAGUGUAAUACACUGUAUUGUUUCUCGGUUAAUGUCAUUGCCUAGUUAUUUGUUUCUGUCACUGUCUCAGAUUCACUAUAAACUAUAAACCCUUAAAGCUCCUGGGAGGAACUUUUGGUUAUGCCAGUUUUGUCACCCCUUGUGGACAAAGCAGAUUUUUCUUAACUUGUCCUCUACAUGCUUGAGUAGUGUGUUCUGAAAAAAAAUUUCAUCCCAACAUUUGCUCUCAACCUUUUAUAUGAAAAGUGUAAAGACGGGUCUGCAGCUGCUCGGCUGACACCUAACCCUUGCAAAGGUUUCAGGCAUUAAAAAUUACAUGAUAAAAAUUGUCAAUCUAUUCAGAGAUGUUCUUGCUUUUGUAGAUGGUAAAAAGUCAUGAGUGUGAAUUUCAGACCAUUUCAUAAGAUAUAAAAAAACCCCUCAUCUUAGCUUUAAGUUUUCUGAAAGAGCUUCGUGAUGCAGAAUUAGGAGAGGAAAAUCGCAAGCUUUGUCAGGAAAAAUCCAAACUUUGUUAAGACUUUGUCAAGACAACAACGUUUGCUUGUUUGUUGGAAGUAUGAGUGAUCAGUUAGUUUGUACUGUUUUUCCAUCAGAUUAGGGCUGGGCGAUAAAACAAUAAUAGAUAUCAAAAAUUAAUUUCCCUUGAUAUCGAUAUAAAACAUGGUCAAUACGCUUUUCGACAGUCCGCAUUCUGCCAUGUUUUGGUAGACUAUACGAACAGCCAAUAAAAAGGGGAGUUGUGUGAAGUAGCAAACAACUGCAUAGUAGCAGGACGUAGCUACAUGCAACCAUAGCACUUUAACACGUGGGGCCGACAGCGCUGUCGGUGAGAAAAAAAGAAAAUGAGUGCUACCCCCAGCAGAAAUGCGGAUAAGGGCUCAACAGAUGAUGACAUUGUCAACAACUCUGGCACGAAAACGUCAGUGGUGUGGAGGUAUUUUGUUUUUUAAGGUCGGACAUGAGGCAGAGUAAUGUACACUGCAAAUUAUGUCGAGUACAUGUUCUCGCAAAGUUGGGGAAUACCUCAAAUCUUUUUCACCACCUGAAGCAGUGCCACGCAGCAGAGCACGCACUAUGCAAAAGGUGGAGCAAAGAGCUCAUGGCGCCUGUGCAGCUGAAACAGCCGACCAUUCAGUCCGCUUUCUCUGGUGCAACGCCUUACAACAAAAAAGAGACCUCACAGAUGCAGUAGCUUAUUGUAUCGCAAAAGACAUGCUACCAAUAAGCACUGUUAAAUUUCAUUUUUGAUAUCAUGAUUUAUAUCGAUAUCGACGGAUCUGAAAAAAUAUAUCGUGAUAAACCUUUUCCCACAUCGCCCAGCCCUACAUCAGAUCUGUUCAUGUCUGCCGUUCUAACACGGGUCAAAGUGUCUCGAGGACCCAACCCUUCCAGCUAAUCACUGCCCACCAUAAACUUCAUGAGGAGGGUCUAUAGAGAUAAACAAAUUGUAACCUCUUCAAACAAAAACAGUAACUUUUCAAUCUUGAUACCUGGAGGUUUAAAGGUAAAUCUUUUUCUCUAUCUUUGCACUGUUUCAGGUUUCUCUGGCAGACAACCCGAAAGCUGCCCUGAUGGUGAGAAACCGUAUCCAGGAGGCUCUGAGAGUAUCAGCCCUGCCAAGACCAAGUGCCACCGCACCUGUGUUAGUUUACAUGCGGCCUGUCUUUGUCGACCAAAACAGACGCUUCCUCAGCCAGGUAAAUAAGAGGAAUUUAAAUGUUUAUUUGUUUAUUACAUGCUGCAUUGUUGGUUGUAUUAUGUAACACCGACCUCUCUUUGAUAGACAUGUAUUAUCGAUCCAAAACUCUUCACUUUUGGAUCAAUAAUUUAAGUCACAGUAAGGUUAAAUUUAAGAAAUGACCCAUUACCCAGCAACCACUGCAAACACUUGGCUAGAUUAGACAAAGAUUGGGUUACUUCCUCAUUCGUGUGGUGAGGUGUUUUUAGCCGGAGGUCCAGUUUUGAGAGGAGUUUGGUUUCUUGGUGUAACAGCACCCUGCUCAGGUGGUGACCCUCAUCCUCUUUUGUCACCCUGUACUCUGUCUCUGUGUGUAUUUUUUGGAGAAGAACAGUCAAAAUGUCCGUGUUUCAUGAUAGUUUGAGUGUCUGUGAAAGUUUCCUUGUGCUUUUAAAAAAGGUGGUUAUGAAUAUGUUGUGUACAGGAAGACCUGGUCAGCACCAUUGGUGAGAGUGCAGCAGUGGGGGCCUCUGGAGCUGUGAUGUGGGGGGCCAGUGCCGACUUCAAUGACCAGGUAACAUCACACCGCAGACCUCCACCGGACUGCAGAGAGACAUGACAGAGCUCUGAUGGCAGGUAGUUUGAGCAGAGACAAUAUGUUCAGGGAGAUGGUGUCGGAGUGUGCUGACACUAAAGGGGCAGAAGGUACUGAUGGAUUACACUGGCUGGUUGUGAAACAGGAGUAAUUCAGGGUAGGGAAGUAAAGAUUAGCUUGAUGAUGGAAAGCUUCACUAAAUGGCUGUCUACAUUCUUGCGCAUUCAUGUUGUCAGAUAUUCGUAUAAUGAGAUAUUUAGAAUUGAUUAGCACAAAAGCUUCCCAAUAUUGUAAGCAGCACUACUACACUCCACUAUACUGUACUUUUGAUAACUUAAGGAUUGAUCAUUAAUGGUUUAAUGAGCAAGUUUGGUAUAUAUAUUCCUGUUCCCCCUUGUUUCCCAGGAAUCUUGUGAAGACCUCUCCUCCUACCUCACCUCCACCCUUAACCCUUACAUCACCAAUGUGACUCUGGCGGCCCAGCUCUGCAGUAAUUUCCUAUGUCGAGGGAAUGGCCGCUGUGUCCGGAAAAACUACAACUCAGGUCACUACCUCCAUCUGAACCCUGAGAAUUUCAAUGUCUUGCAUGUUCAGAACCGAUACCUGGUCCUGGGGAAACCUACCCUGACAGACCUGAAGAAUUUUAGCAAGAGGUUCACCUGUCAGUGCUAUGAAGGACUCAACUGCUCUCCAAGGACGUACCGAGAGCUCUCCAAGGCUCUGUCAUUUAGUGUGAAGCAGUGGCUGUACCACAAGGCUCACACUCUCACCAAAACAAUGUUGGAGGAGACACAGCAAGACAGUUACACUCAAGACAAAAGACAUUUCAGAUAG